AUGGCUUCGUCAUCAUCCAACGUUGUCGGUGUUCAUUACCGAGUUGGCAAGAAGAUUGGAGAGGGAUCUUUUGGUGUUAUUUUUGAGGGCACCAAUUUACUCAACAAUCAACAAGUUGCUAUCAAGUUUGAACCUCGCAAGAGUGAUGCUCCUCAACUGCGAGAUGAGUACCGGACAUACAAGAUCCUUACAAUGCAGUUCGUAUGUGCUAAUACAGAUUCAGCUGGUAUUCCCAAUGUUUACUACUUCGGUCAGGAGGGGCUCCACAACAUUCUCGUGAUCGACUUGCUUGGUCCUUCCUUGGAGGAUCUUUUUGAUCAUUGUGGUCGAAGAUUCUCCAUUAAGACGGUUGUCAUGGUUGCCAAGCAAAUGCUUUCGAGGGUUCAGACCAUCCACGAGAAGAAUCUCAUUUACCGCGACAUUAAGCCCGACAACUUCCUCAUUGGCCGCCCUGGCACCAAAGCCUCAAGCGUGAUCCAUGUUGUGGACUUCGGCAUGGCCAAGCAGUACCGUGACCCGAAGACAAAGCAACAUAUCCCAUACCGCGAGCGAAAGUCCCUUUCUGGAACUGCACGAUACAUGAGUAUCAACACCCAUCUGGGCCGUGAGCAGUCCCGCCGAGACGAUCUCGAAGCUCUUGGCCACGUUUUCUUAUACUUCCUUCGAGGUGGUCUCCCUUGGCAGGGAUUGAAGGCGGCCACCAACAAGCAGAAAUAUGAGAAGAUUGGCGAGAAGAAGCAGACAACUGCUAUCAAGGAUCUCUGCGAGGGUUUCCCCGAGGAAUUCUCCAAGUAUCUGACGUAUGUCCGAAAUUUGGGCUUCGAGGAUACCCCUGACUACGACUACCUCCGGGAGCUCUUCACACAAGCUCUCAAGAACACUGGCGAGGUUGAGGAUGGCGAGUAUGACUGGAUGAAGAUUUCUAAGGAUUCGGGAAAGGGAUGGGAUUCGAAGAACCACAGCGGCGCGUACCUCCACAACCCCAACGUGCGGCCUGGGCCCUCCCAGAUGGAGCUGCACAGCGGCCACCGUCCCGGGAAUACCACCUCUCACCAACAAGCACAAAACCUUACUGUCGGCCGUUUAAACGCCGCGCAACCCCCUCCUCCGUCUCCGAUCAAGCAGAUGGGCAAGCAGAGAGAUCGGCCAAGCGCCCCCGGCGCCUUGUCAGCGCAGAGGGGGAGCGGGGUUGGGGGUCUUCGGGACAUGGCCACGCCCACUGGCUCGACCCAGGCUCAGUUCCAGAACAGUGCCCAGAACCUGCCUCAGCAGCCGAGGACGUCCCAGCAAGGCCAGGCGACUCAGCCCGCCCAGGCUAGCGGCCAACAGGCCAAUCCCCAGCCCAGUGGUUUCCAGAAGUUGAUGAAGACCCUAUGCUGUGGUUAA